UGUUAUGUUGGUGAUGUCAAGUCUUCAAAAUUUUAUGGAGUUUUUGUUAAUUACGGUGCAAAAAAAUUGUAAACAAUAUUUUAGAAACUGUUGGAGAAUAUAGUCUAAAAUUAAAAGGUCUAUCUAUAAAAGACGUAAUAAAAUCCCAAACCAUGAGUUUACCACAGCAAUUCUCUACACCACAAGAUUAUUUUGAAGAAGUCAUUAGCUUUUUCAAAGAAUAUCAGUAUUUAUUCAACUUUGCCAACACUGAUAUUCUAGUAAAAAACAUCUUGGAUGUCAUAGACAUUACAAAUUUAGAAAACGUAGACGUUCUUGAAAAAGAUUUUAAUCUACCCUUAAACUGUAACUUUGAGUUUCUUAACGGGUUCUUCGAAAAGCGUGAUAAAUUCAAAUUUGAAUAUGGAGAAUUUCAUAAAGAUAUUGAAGAUAAAGUUGAUGUCCCUGUUAGUCCUAAGAAAGCACAUGAAAUUGUGUAUAUGGCUAAAGAAAUUGCAGAUGUGUGUGAACAGAGUCCAUGUGAUGUAGUUGUGGAUUUUGGAUCGGGAUUGGGCUAUCUGGACCAAUUAUUAUACGAGACGACAAACCUAAAAGUUCUGGGAAUAGAAUGCAAUGAGAACCAUUACGUAAAUGCAAAAAGACGACAGAGGAAAUAUCAUGACAAAUCUCUAGAUAACGUUAAGUAUAUCAAACAUACUAUUGGAGAUGAUUCCAAUGAAAAUAUUGAAAGAUUUUUGUACGACAAAUUUGGCGAUUAUCAAGGGUUUUGUAUUGCAGGUCUCCAUGCUUGUGCAGAUUUAACAGUAGAUGCAAUAAAUCUAUUUCUCAAAAUGGAUAACGCCAAAUCAAUGGUUCUAAUGCCAUGUUGUUACCACAAGAUGUGUUUAGCCGACUUCAAAAACGAGACAUUCAAAAACUUCCCCCUAAGUGCGUGUUUGAAGGAGAUUUUUGAAGGGCAUUGUGGAUUUGAAUUUUUGAAAGUGCCGUUUUUGAGACUGGCGGCACAACCGCCAAAAACCGACGCGAGUUUGGAUAAAUUAGUGUUUAAUUUGAUGGCAAGAGCUGUGCUACAACUUUAUGCUUUGAAACAUAACUGCAAAUUAAAAAGAAACAAAAGAAAAGCAGUGAAAACGAAAUCGACAAACAAUGAUUUUCUAAAUUACGUACAAGAUGCUGUUAUUGGUUUCACGUUAAUAGAUAAUCAACUUUCUACCAGUGAACAAAACGAACAGAAUACUACAAACUUCGAUUCGGAAGAAUUAAAUUCAAUAUGGCGGGGACUGUCAAGUUCUAUUUUCAAAAAGGCCGCCGUGUUCGUUUUAUUACAAAAUUAUUUACAGCCAGUGAUAGAAAAUUUUAUUUUAUAUGAUAGGUUAGUUUAUUUAAAAGAAAAUGGAUUAAAUAAUUGCACAUUCAAGAAAAUAUUUGAUGCAAAUAUAUCACCUAGAUGUUUGGCAUUGUUAGCAUAUAAAUAA